CCGAGCCCCGCCCCGGUCCCUCGCUAGCCAGCGCCACCGCGUCCGCCUGCGGGGAAGGACGAGCGGCCUCAGCCCGAAUGAAAUGAGUAGAUGUUAACCACGUGAACACAUCUUCUGACGUGUACAUUUAUCAUAAUGGGCAACACUAACUCCAAAAGAAAUCCGCCCCCUCCACCAAAUAACACAGAAAAGGGUACCAAUGUGAGUGCAGGCCAGAGAGACUUCAAGCAAAAUCAUGAAUUGUGUGGCCUGUCUCUUGACAUAGAAGGGAUCUCUACAAAAGUUUCAGAAAUUCACAGCAGUGAUGAGGAUCCUGAGGAUGUGUUUUACAAGUUUGUGAUUCUGCAUGCUCAGAAUGAUGCAGAUGAAGCCAGCCGACUCCAGCAUCUGCUACAAAAUAAUUUUUGUAUUAAACCUGGAAUAAUCUUUGCUGAAAUGCCUAGUGGUAGACAUUUCUUACAAAACUUAAAUGAUGCUGUGAAUAGGUCAGCAUGGACUAUUAUUCUGUUGACAGAACAUUUCUUGAGUGAGGCUUGGUGUGAGUUCCAGUCUUAUGCCUCCCUGAUGAAUGCUCUUAACAAACAGCAUAAAUAUAACUCUGUCAUACCACUGAGGCCACUGAAUAAUCCACUUCCAAGGGAGAAGACUCCUUGUGUCCUGCAAGCCAUUAAUGCACUGGAAGAAGAUAGUCCUGGCUUUGCUAAACAAGUGGAGAAGAUUUUCCAGGAGUCGAAAUAUAGGCAACAGCAAGCAAUGUGGAAGAAAGAAAGAACAAAUGAGACACACUAGAGCUAAAGACAUGCAUAAAGACAGUUAAAUUGAAGGAGGUAAAUCAGUUGUUUUACUCAUCUCAAGUAAGAGAGAGAAACCUUCUUUUGAGAAACUAACCCACAGAAAAGAUGGUGGUAAGAGUUUCCCAUAAAGGCAUUAUUGUUAUUACUUAACACCUGUAUGUUUUCAAGAGUAUUAUCAAGAUGUGGCCAAUCAUCACCUUGACCCCUUUAUUUAUGAUAUGCCACUUUCCCCUACUUGUUUGUUUGUCUGGCUUCUCUUUAUAUUGUACGCUCUACUGGGCAGAUACUGUGUCUUCUUUUAAGUUUGUACAGCUCCUCACAUGUUGUAGCUGCUACUGGAAACAAAUAAUAAAUAGAGUAGUACUAUCAGUGGCUGCUACUGAGAGCCAACAGAAGUGACACAGGAUAACAUCCUGUAAGGAAGGCUAUUCUAUUAAUAACAAUCUUUAUAUCAGAAAUAUAAAUGUUAGAAAUACUUACCAGUGUUACAAAACCAGGAAAAUACAUUCAGCACCCUACAAAAUAUAUGCUGCUAUUUUAAGAAGAAUCUCAAAAUAUGUGUGCUCUACUUUUGUCAUGUUUGCAAUUGUUAAAAAGCAUAUAUUUUCUAAUGAUGCAUCUUGACCAAAUGGGUAGGUGCAU